AUGGAAUUACAUGAAGCAUUUGUUUUAUCAUCCAAGAUGGAGUCGCUCCCCAAAGAAGUUCUGUUUAUGAUAUUUGAAAAGCUGCACCCUUUUGAGCUAGUUCCCUUGUCAAGAGUAAACAGACGAUGGUAUGAAAUCGCGCUUCAUCCUAGGCUUCACAGGUUUUUAAAAAAUUAUUGCGUUUUUAUGAAGGAUGUUAUUUUAGUCAACUAAACGUCAGAUUACCCGGCCACUUUAUAUACAUCUUUAAAAGCUGCGGGACCACAGGAGCAGUUGCUUAAUAUCUCUUCAAGGUUGCUGGGUAUUCUGAAGUUGCUCCAAUGUUUUAUAGGGUCAUAGUCAUUUUUUGUAUAUUUAUAUAAUUCAUAUUAUUGCUACUGUACAUUGUGUAUUAUUAUUAUUAUUAUUAUUAUUGUUAUUAUUGUUCUUCUUCUUCUUCUUCUUCUUCUUAUUAUUAUUAUUAUCAUUAUCAUUAUUAUUAUUUUAUUAUUAUUAUUAAACACAGCUUCUGGAUGGCUUGCGUGAGUCUUCCUUAAACAUCAAGUCACUGCCUGUGACCUUGGGUGUCUAAGACUUUGCUAAGGAUUCUGUCUGCACCCAGUAAGCUUGCUCUCUGCAAUGAUUCCAAAUGACAUGUGACACCAAUCUCCGCUAACCACUUUUCUAUAUAUUUUGAGACAGUUCCUAAUGCACUAAUUAUGAUUGGCACCACAGUUACUCUGCACAAUUUCCAGAUCCAUUUCAACUCCCUCUUCAGGUCUUACUAGUUCUUAAUUUUCUCUUUCUCUUUGUCUUUCACUUGGAUGUCAAAUGGACAAGCAAGAUCAAUAUUUUAACCUAAGACAAAGGGGCUCCAGAUUCAAAGUGAUGGGCAAUGAUUGAGGAGGAGGAGGUGGGGGGUGGGGGGGGGGUUGGUCUGGAGAAGGAGAACUAUUGAUACUUUUUUGAGGUUAGAAAUUAGAAAAUAUAAAUGAAGGGAUUUUUUGGAAGGGGGAGGGGGAGGAGUAUCUUAGCCAAGUAUAAUACUGAACGGCAAAAUUCCAACUAUAAUACUAUUUUGUUAGGCUUUGUAUUCUAAUGUUAUUAAAUUGUUAAUAAUGAAUGGUCUUAUUUACUUUCUCAGAUGCAUUGAUUUUCAUCAUAAACAUGAUUUAUCAUCUCUGGUGAUCUGCAGUUAUAUCAGCAAGUUCAAACAUUCUCUUGAGGAGCUGAAUUUGCAGGAGUGUUACUGGUUGAAAGGUGCUCUUCUUUCUAAUGCCUUACAGAAGUGCAGAAAAUUGACUUCUCUCAAUGUCAUGGGUUGUGACAUUACAAAGAAGACCAUCUGUUCUGUUUUGAAACUGAACAAUCUCAAAAGACUGGAAUGGUCUGUCAGUUGCUUUGAUCUUAACUUUAAUGAUAUCGUUGGCUCAAACAGGAAUGACCUUUUAAAAAAAGUGUUAAUAUCAUUCUGCAGUGAACUUGCAGGUGCUUUCUCAGGAUUGGAUAGCCUUACAGUUCGGUUUCCAUUGUUUCAUGGAACAUCCAAGUUUUCCUUUCGUUGGAUCAUUAAGUUUGGAGUGCCAUUGAUUUGCAGUGAGCUUGGCUUAAAAAAGUUUACCCUUGAGUGGGUGGAUGAAGUAGGAAAAUAUAUUCACUUUUUUAAAAUCUCCAUUGAAGGAAGCAGAUUCCAGUUCCAAAAGAAUGACGUAGCUAAAUUAAGUGAUCCAGGUAUUCUGGAUGGCUUUAAUGGUCCUCCUUUGCUUGAUUUGCACAAGAUGACCUGGAAUACAAUAAAGACCUUGCUAGGAAAUGAAGCUUUGUCUACAUUUCUUUUACCUUAUGAUCAUUCUGACCAGAAAUAUACUUCUUUUGAAAGACUUGAGACAAAACCCUGUUUAGUCAACUUGGAUGUGCCCUUGCAAUUUCUGGAUGCUGCAANGAAUGACCUUUUAAAAAAAGUGUUAAUAUCAUUCUGCAGUGAACUUGCAGGUGCUUUCUCAGGAUUGGAUAGCCUUACAGUUCGGUUUCCAUUGUUUCAUGGAACAUCCAAGUUUUCCUUUCGUUGGAUCAUUAAGUUUGGAGUGCCAUUGAUUUGCAGUGAGCUUGGCUUAAAAAAGUUUACCCUUGAGUGGGUGGAUGAAGUAGGAAAAUAUAUUCACUUUUUUAAAAUCUCCAUUGAAGGAAGCAGAUUCCAGUUCCAAAAGAAUGACGUAGCUAAAUUAAGUGAUCCAGGUAUUCUGGAUGGCUUUAAUGGUCCUCCUUUGCUUGAUUUGCACAAGAUGACCUGGAAUACAAUAAAGACCUUGCUAGGAAAUGAAGCUUUGUCUACAUUUCUUUUACCUUAUGAUCAUUCUGACCAGAAAUAUACUUCUUUUGAAAGACUUGAGACAAAACCCUGUUUAGUCAACUUGGAUGUGCCCUUGCAAUUUCUGGAUGCUACGAGUUUGAAAUCACCAGCUUUCAGUGAGCAUGCUCUACGAUAUCUAAACCUUGCAAGAAUAAGGAGCAUUGAUGGCCAUUUACUGCAAGUAAUAGCGUCUUCAUCACCAAACUUAGAAAUUCUUAAUUUACAGGAUUGUACUGGCUGUCUUGAACCAGUAAGUAUCAUACUCUUGAAAUAUGAACCUACAUUCUUUCAUGUAAAUACAUGUAUAUGUGAUUGUUUAUCAUCCUUGGUGACCUUGAGAUAUGAAGCCCUUUAGAAGAUGAAGUCAUUUUGACCAGCCCUAAAAAAGUUUUUGAUUAGCAGGAUUAAUAAGUAAUUGAUUACACUUUUAGUUAAUUAAUUUCUUCUUUUUUCCCACAAGCAAUUUAUUUUGCCUUAACGGUAAUUGUAAUUAUUGAAGGCAAAUUUGUUUGUGGGCAAAAACCCUAAUUCUUUAGGCAAACUCUCUUUUAUUCCUUAGCGUAGCCAAAGUCAAAAUUCAUUGAAAUUCCCAAAUUUCAUUUUGUAAAAAUUCUCAAAAAUAAAUUACCGGUAUACCAUUUGAAUGGACAGCUCUUUAAAAAGGGUGCUUUUUGUGUAAUUAAUGUGAAAUGGUUGUUUUUGUUGUUCUUUCAAGCUUCAUGGAUUAGAGUCAUUAGCAGAAUUUUGUCCAAAGUUGGCCCAGUUAAACCUAAAUGGAGUACAUGACCACACGUUUUUAGAAAAACCAAGCAGUGUUAUGGAGAUCAUCUCAAAGUUCAAUAAUCUUAUGUCCCUCAGCCUCUGUGCCUGUGGGCUUGGAACACCCAGUAAAAACAAAAGCACCAAUAACAGUUCUAAAUGGAUGGGUCAUUGUGGGACAAGUAGUGGUUCAAGUUCACAUGAUAGCAGUUUUCAAGGUGCAACUGCAGUAUGUGAUGACAGAACUCAAUGGAACAAGUUAAAUGCUGAAGAGUCAUUUUAUUGCCUGACAAAAUCAUGCAGUGGAAUAACAGAAUUUGAGCUCGUAAAAGACAUCCCAAGAAGCUUUUCUUCAUCAGAAACCAGCUCUACAGGAGAUCCUGCUUUUGUAAAGACUUACAAAAAAGAGUAUUAUCGGUAAGUGCCUGCCCUCUUUCCUCAGGCAUACUUUCGGGCAGUCUUUUAAUAGGCUUGGGCUAAAUGGAGUACUUUACAUGUUGGGCCAAACUUAGGAUAUGCUCACACCAUACCAGAUAGUUCAAAUACUGUUGUGGUGAGAAGUUUGAUUGCUGCUGAUCUUUCAUUUGAAUUUCUUUCCUGUAUCGAGUGCCAGUUACUAUAUGUCAGCAUCUCGUACAGUAUAUUGGGGUUGGUGAAUGGUCAAAUCUGGGACUUGCCGACUCAUUGAUUCCCUUGUUUUAAAGCUCAAGAAAUUGCGGCCAAACAUUUAAAGGGGUUCUGUCAUGCUAUUUGCUAUAUUUUUUACAAGCUAAAAUGUGUCUUUGGUAUUGAAUUCAUAUUCAAAUUUGAAUUGAAUUGGCAUUAAAUUCCAACCUUUCAAUUUUGUUAUAUAUAUUUAUAUUAUAUAUAGCAAAAUACUGCAUAUACUAUUUAGACAUUGAAACAUUACUGUUUCCUGUUGUCUGUUGCUAUACAACAUAAGCUGCUUCUUUAAGAGAAACCUAACUAGCUCAAGACAUUUAUGACUCUGAGACAGAAAGAAGCAUGAAAAAGUGGAACUUCCGACUCAUUACAGCCAUGUACUUCUGAGAUUCUGAGAUCAGCUCAAAUUUUCCGAGGCCUGUGGACAGGUUCCUAGGUCAGGUAAAAUAAGGUAAGAUGGGUAAGGUGAAACUUUAUUGGGGCACAAUAUCUCCCUUUGAUAAUUAAAAAGUACAUACUACAUCAUAGGUUACAUUUUCAUCCCUAAGGCACCCAUUUAUGUUUUUCAUUCUCACUCAGGCCUAACACAAAUGGGUAUCAAGCAAGGUGUUAUUUAAUGAGACACUCAUACAGCACUUUGAUGGCAAUCACAAAUUGGAGGAAUUUAAAGAGGCUUACAAUUUCAGGUUUGUAUAAAAAAUGCAUAAGUAAAAAUGUUCUAGCCUACAUCUGCUUCAAUAAAGCAUUCACUACAGAUAUCUUUACAUUUUUUUUUCUACUUUUCUCAUUCCUUUACUUUUCCUUCUCCUCCUUUCCAUUAAGUUUUUCUGUUUUCUUUUCACUGUAAUAUUUUUAUGGUAUAUUUUCCUCUUCUCCUUGCCUUCUUCCCUAUUUACUAUUUCUAUAUCCUUUCUGUUCACUGAUUUCUUCCUCCUUUUCAUUCUAUCCACGUCAUCUUUAUUUCACUCUGCCAACUCUCUUCUCAAAUUCAUUCCCUCACAUUCUUCCCUUUGCUUCCUUGUACUCCAAUGUCUGCCCUCCUAUUCCUCCUCCAGUUCCCUUUUUUCCCAAUCUCUUCUUCCCAUUCUCUCCUUCCGUUGUUAACAUAAUUUUACAUUCAUUUUUUACUCCUUUCCCUCUCUUUUCUUCUCUUUCUUCACCACCCAUUUCCCCUGAAGGUCUCAUAUUUUAUUCUCUUUGCAGAUUUGACCUUUCUUACAUCACACCCACUAUCCUUUCACUAUUCCAUACAUAGAGCUCUUUGUCUUUUGUCUUCUGCUUCAUUCCCUCUUCUAACUCCUUACUUCUCUUCUUUUGUGUUUUGAGCUAGACUGGGGCAAGUAUAUAUAUAUUUUUUUUUUUUUUGCAAAAUCCAGAAAGUUCAUUAGUACAAUGACUCUGAAGUUUUAAAGUGGUGUACUUUGUAUACAACCUUUGUGUUUCCUCUAUAGUGCCUAUAGCACAAGGUAACUUUGAGUUUCUUGUUGCUGUGACACAAAACUGUCCCAAGUUGGAGUUCCUAUCUCUGGCAUCAUUGGCUCGUCUUAGUCACUCUGGCAAUGUGGUCCUUCUUCAAAAGGCUCUUUCACACUGUCAUCAACUCAGAGAUUUCAGGUAAGGCUAAACCAUUAAUGAAGGAAAGCAAUGUGUUAGAAAUUCACAGCAACUGGAGGCAAAAAUUUCAGGAAAAUACUGAUUAGAAUUAGAUGAAUGAAAAGUUUAUGCAGGGUUUUCACAUGACACUUUUACCUGUAAACUCAAGUUCGCAUGCCUUUGGAUUAAAAAAUUUGAUCUCAUGGCAGUUCACACCUGCAGAUCAGUUUUGAGUUUUACCUUGCCUAGUCCCUGCACAAUGUCUUCCCAGGCCUUCUCAGUCAAUGCAUUUUGGUGACGUAUCUGAGACAAAUGGCUGGGAGAUGCCCACAAAACUUGCUCAGACCUCUAGACCUGAAACGCAGCAGCCACGUGCAAUAAUGAGGCCUAGGGGCGAAGCCAAGUUUUACCUAUUACUGUACAGCCAACUGACCCAUAUCUGAGAAUAUUAUGAUAUGAUAAUGCAAAAUGAUCCAUGGAGAACCAAUGCAAGGAAAGAAAAAAUUUAUUCAAGUGAUUUUACUUUCCUCAAAAUAAAUUAUUUUGAUAGUCCUUAUGGGACGUUAACUCAUUUCAUGAGAACUUUGGAAAUCUUUGGAACAUCUUCGGAGGACCUAAGAUAUGACGUAGGGUUUCUCUAUAAAGGAUCUCCACUGCCACCUCCCCCUCUGCACUCUUCCCCCAGGCCUCUUGAAUUGUUUUCUGGCUAUCCCUUGCCAGAGCUAGAUAGCCUAUGUACAGACAUCCUCAUCCCCUCAGAAAAAAGGGGAGAAGGGGCAUCUGUACACAGGCUAUUGCCAGGGACCUGGGGUACCUAAUAUCUUAAUAUUUACACAAAUUAUCAGCGCGGAAAACUUGUGCAUAAACUUAAAACUAAUAAAUUUGACAUGGUGGGAGAACAACCUUCUACAAAGUACCUCCAAAUUGGCUGAAUACCCUAAAAAGAGUGUAAAAAUUGCAUUGCCACAAAUCACAGUGCAUAAUAAUUAUUUCCUGAAGCUUCCCAAAUGGAUUGGCACGAAUUAAUGGAUUUUCUAAUCAGAAUUUCCAGUUUCCUAUGUAAAUAGUAAUUUAUUACACCUUUUUCAGAGGAAAUACCAUCGGGGAUUCAGAUGUCAUGGUGAUGUUCAUGACAUGACUUUGGUUGUUUGUUUUUCAGACUCGAACAGUCAAACUUCUGCAUAACUGAAUCAUUUAUCCUGACCCUUAGUGAGCUGAAACACCUUGAAAGGGUUUGCAUCAUUGCCAGGGAAGGAGCUAUGAAAAUGUACACCCAAUCAGUCAUUUCUUUGUUUGAGAAGGUAUAACAAAUUAUUGUUCUUCCAGCAGUUGAAAUUAAUCCAUGUUUAAAGGUCAAGAGCAAUAUUUUUUUGAGGGUGUUGUCAUUGUGUAUUAUUGUGCAAAUUCAAUUGUCUGAUUUGGUGCAAUGAUGCCCAAUGUUUUAGAGGUCUGUCAGUCUCUAGUGUGUGAUUUUCCAAGAGACUUUAAAAGAAUUGACCACCGUUGUUUACACUUUAAUAUUCAUCUCAGUUCCCCAGGUAUAUUACGAACCAAUAUGACCAGCUACCAGUUGGCUUACUUAAUUAUUAUUAGUUAGAGAGCUGCACCGGUAUCACAGAUGAUCUUCUUUGCUUUUAUACCUUCAUUCCGCAGUUCCAAUAUAUGAAUUUCAUUUAUUCAUUGUUUUGUGCCAUUAAGUGUUCUAGACUCUCUAUAUGAAAAAUUAUGAUCAACCUUCCAUGGGGUUUAGUUGGAAGCUUAGUUAAGUCAUGGUUACCAAGGAGAUUAGAGAAGGGGGCUCUUGGGGAUUCUCAGCAAAGCUGAUUUUAUGAUUCAACGUCAGCUCAGUUUGCCCCUGUUAGUGUGAAAGAAUGAUUUCUCCCUGUUGUUUUAGAACAAGCACUUUUAUGGAUAAAAAUCCCUCAAAUUGUUACACCCGUUAAAAAGUUUGAAAGCGCAUCCUUCUUUAAUUGCUGAGUGUUAUGCUUAGGUCCUAAAUAAAAUUCGGAACCUCAAUGAAUAUCCGAUGCUCAUUGUUACCUUUUGAAAUCUUUCUCGAUCUUACAGUGUUGUAAGCUGAUUUAUUUUCAAGUGCUCUGUGACAUUACACUCAAAGCUAGUAAAGCAUUGAUGGAUUGCUUGGCACGGAGGUAAAUACACUAAUACUCAUUUCUUUCUGAUGUAGCAUUAGGGAGUAAAUGAAGCUUUGUCUACAUUUCUUUUACCUUAUGAUCAUUCUGACCAGAAAUAUACUUCUUUUGAAAGACUUGAGACAAAACCCUGUUUAGUCAACUUGGAUGUGCCCUUGCAAUUUCUGGAUGCUGCAAGUUUGAAAUCACCUGCUUUCAGUGAGCAUGCUCUGCGAUAUCUAAACCUUGCAAGAAUAAGGAGCAUUGAUGGCCAUUUACUGCAAGUAAUAGCAUCUUCAUCACCAAACUUAGAAAUUCUUAAUUUACAGGAUUGUACUGGCUGUCUUGAACCGGUAAGUAUCAUAGUCUUGAAAUAUGAACCUACAUUCUUUCAUGUAAAUAAAUGUUUGUAUGAUUGUGUUUGUCAUCUUUGUGUGAGUUUUUGAUAUUAAGCCCUUUAGAAGAUGAAGUCAUUUUGACUAGCCCUUUUUUUUAAGGGGCUGGAUUUAUAAGUAAUUAAUUAAUUACACUUUUAGUUAUUAAUUUGUUCUUUUUGCCCACAAGCAAUUUUUUGGCUUAGUAAUGUAUUAUUGAAGGCAAAUUUGUUUGUGGGCAAAAACCCUAAUUCUUCAGGCAAACUCUCUUUUAUUCCUUAAAGUGUCCAAAGUCAAAAUUCAACACAAAUUCCCAAAUUUCAUUUUGUAAAAAUGCUGAAAAAUAAAUUAUACCAUUUGAAUGGACAUAUCUCUUUUAAAAGGGUGUUUUUUGUGUAAUUAAUGUGAAAUGGCUGUUUUUGUUGUUCUUUCAAGCUUCAUGGAUUAGAGUCAUUAGCAGAAUUUUGCCCAAAGUUGGCCCAAUUAAACCUAAAUGGAGUACAUGACCACACGUUUUUAGAAAAACCAAGCAGUGUUAUGGAGAUCAUCGCAAAGUUCAAUAAUCUAAUGUCCCUCAGCCUCUGUGCCUGUGGGCUUGGAACACCCAGUAAAAACAAAAGCUCCAACAACAGUUCUAAAUGGAUGGGUCAUUGUGGGACAAGUAGCAGUUCAAGUUCACAUGAUAGCAGUUUUCAAGGUGCAACUGCAGUAUGUGAUGAUAGAACUCAAUGGAACAAGUUAAAUGCUGGAGAGUCAUUUUAUUGCCUGACAAAAUCAUGCAGUGGAAUAACAGAAUUUGAGCUCAUAAAAGACAUCCCAAGAAGCUCAACAUCAUCAGAAACCAGCCCUGCAGGAGAUCCUGUUUUUGUGAAGACUUACAAAAAAGAGUAUUAUAGGUAAGUGCCUGCCCUCUUUCCACGGGGAUACUUUCAGGCAGCCUUUUAAUAAGCCUGGGCUAAAUGGGGUACUUCACAUGUCAGGCCAAACUUAGGAUUUGUUCAUACUAUACCAGAUAGUUCAAAUACUGUUGCGGUGAGAAGUUUGAUUGCUGCUGAUGCUGAUCUGAUAUUUUGAUUUGAAUUUCUUUCCCGUAUCGAGUGCCAGUUACUGUAUGUCAGUAUCUCGUACGGUAUGUAUAUUGGGGGUGGUGAAUGGUCAAAUCUGGGACUUGCCGACUCUUUGAUUCCCUUCUUUUAAAACUCAAGACAUUGCAGCCGAACAAUUAAAGGGGCUCUGUCAUGCUAUUUGCUAUCUUUUUUAUAAGCAAAAUGUGCCUCUCGUAUUGCAUGAAUUCACAUUCAAAUUUGCAUUGAAUUUGCAUUAAAUUGCAACAUUUCAAUUUUGUUAUGUGUAUUUAUAUUAUACAUAACAGGACAGGACAGGUGGACAGGUUCCUAGGUCAGGUAAAAUAAGGUCAGAUGGGUAAGGGAAAACUUACUUGGGCCACAAUAUCUCCUUUUGGUAAUUAAAAAGUACAUAUUACAUCAUAGCUUACAUUUUCAGCCCCAAGACACCCUUUCAUGUUUUUCAUUCUCACUCAGGCCUAACACAAAUGGAUAUCAAGCAAGGUGUUAUUUAAUGAGACACUCAUACAGCACUUUGAUGGCAAUUGCAAAUUGGAGGAAUUUAAAGAGGCUUACAAUUUCAGGUUUGUAUAAAAAAUGCAUAAUUAAAAAUGUUCUAGCCUCCAUCUGCUUCAAUAAAGCAUUCACUACAGAUUUCUUUACAUUUUUUUUUUUUACUUUUCUCAUUCCUUUACUUUUCCUUCUCCUCCUUUCCAUUAAGUUUUUCUGUUUUCUUUUCACUCUAAUAUUUUUAUGGUAUGUUUUCCUCUUCUCCUUGCCUUCUUCCCUAUUUACUAUUUCUAUAUCCUUUCUGUUCACUGAUUUCUUCCUCCUUUUCAUUUUAUCCACGUCAUCUUUUUUUCACUCUGCCAACUCUCUUCUCAAAUUCAUUCCCUCACAUUCUUCCCUUUGCUUCCUUGUACUCCAAUGUCUGCCCUCCUAUUCCUCCUCCAGUUCCCUUUUUUCCCAAUCUCUUCUUCCCAUUCUCUCCUUCCGUUGUUAACAUAAUUUUACAUUCAUUUUUUACUCCUUUCCCUCUCUUUUCUUCUCUUUCUUCACCACCCAUUUUUCCUGAAGGUCUCAUAUUUUAUUCUCUUUGCAUAUUUGACCUUUCUUACAUCACACCCACUAUCCUUUCACUAUUCCAUACAUAGAGCUCUUUGUCUUUUGUCUUCUGCUUCAUUCCCUCUUCUAACCGCUUACUUCUCUUCUUUUGUGUUUUGAGCUAAACUGGGGCAAGUAUGUAUUUAUUUAUUUAUUUUUGCAAAAUGCAGAAAGUUCAUUAGUACAAUGACUCUGAAGUUUUAAAGUGGUGUACUUUGUAUACAACAUUUGUGUUUCCUCCAUAGUGCCUAUAGCACAAGGUAACUUUGAGUUUCUUGUUGCUGUGACACAAAACUGUCCCAAGUUGGAGUUCCUAUCUCUGGCAUCAUUGGCUCGUCUUAGUCACUCUGGCAAUGUGGUCCUUCUUCAAAAGGCUCUUUCACACUGUCAUCAACUCAGAGAUUUCAGGUAAGGCUAAACCAUUAAUGAAGGAAAGCAAUGUGUUAGAAAUUCACAGCAACUGGAGGCAAAAAUUUCAGGAAAAUACUGAUUAGAAUUAGAUGAAUGAAAAGUUUAUGCAGGGUUUUCACGUGACACUUUUAGCUGUAAACUCAAGUUCUCAUGCCUGUGGAUUGAAAAAUUUGAUCUCAUGGCAGUUCACACCUGCAGACCAGUUUUGGGUUUUACCUUGCCUAGUCCCUGCACAAUGUCUUCCCAGGCCUUCUCAGUCAAUGCAUUUUGGUGAUGUAUCCAAGACAAAUGGCUGGGAGAUGCCUGCAAAACUUGCUCAGACCAGUUGGCCACGUGCAAUAAUGAGACCUAGGGACGAAGCAAAGUUUUACCUAUUACUGUACAGCCAACUGACCCAUAUCUGAGAAUAUUAUAAUAUAAUAAUGCAAAAUGAUCCAUGGUGAACCAAUGCAAGGAAGGAAAAAGUUUAUUUAAGUGAUUUUACUUUCCUCAAAAUAAAUUAUUUAGGUUGUCCUUAUGGGACAUGAGAACUUUGGACUUUCAUGAGAACUUUGGAAAUCUUUGGAACAUCUUUAGAGGACUUAAGAUAUGAUGUAGGGUUUCUCUAUAAAGGAUCUCCCCUGCCACUUCCCCCUCCCUACUCUUCCCCCAGGCCUCUUGAAUUGUUUUCUGGCUAUCCCUUGCCAGAGCUAGAUAGCCUAUGUAUAGACAUCCCCAUCCCCUCAGAAAAAAGGGGAGAAGGGGCAUCUGCACACAGGCUAUUGCCAGAGACCUGGGGUGCCUAAUAUCUUAAUAUUUACACAAAUUACCGGUUGGAAAACUUGUGCAUAAACUUAAAACUAAUAAAUUUGACAUGUUGGGAGAACAACCUGCUACAAAGUACCUCCAACUAGGCUGAAUACCCUAAAAGAGUGUACAAAUAAAUAUAGUGCAUAAUAAAUACAGUGCAUAAUAAUUAUUUCCUGAAGCUUCCCAAAUGGAUUGGCACGAAUUAAUGGAUUUUCCAAUCAGAAUUUACUGCUUUCCAAUGUAAAUAUUAUUAUUAUUUAUUAGUUAUUACACCUUUUUCAGAGGGAAAUACCUUCAGGGAUUCAUUUGUGAUUUUCAUGACAUAACUUUGGUUGUUUGUUUUUCAGACUCGAACAGCCAAACUUCAGCAUAACUGAAUCAUUUAUCCUGACCCUCAGUGAGCUGAAAUACCUUGAACGGGUUUGCAUCAUUGCCAGGGAAGGAGCUAUAAAAAUGUACACACAAUCAGUCAUUUCUUUGUUUGAGAAGGUAUAACAAAUUAUUGUUCUUCCAGCUGUUGAAANGGUGAUGUUCAUGACAUGACUUUGGUUGUUUGUUUUUCAGACUCGAACAGUCAAACUUCUGCAUAACUGAAUCAUUUAUCCUGACCCUUAGUGAGCUGAAACACCUUGAAAGGGUUUGCAUCAUUGCCAGGGAAGGAGCUAUGAAAAUGUACACCCAAUCAGUCAUUUCUUUGUUUGAGAAGGUAUAACAAAUUAUUGUUCUUCCAGCAGUUGAAAUUAAUCCAUGUUUAAAGGUCAAGAGCAAUAUUUUUUUGAGGGUGUUGUCAUUGUGUAUUAUUGUGCAAAUUCAAUUGUCUGAUUUGGUGCAAUGAUGCCCAAUGUUUUAGAGGUCUGUCAGUCUCUAGUGUGUGAUUUUCCAAGAGACUUUAAAAGAAUUGACCACCGUUGUUUACACUUUAAUAUUCAUCUCAGUUCCCCAGGUAUAUUACGAACCAAUAUGACCAGCUACCAGUUGGCUUACUUAAUUAUUAUUAGUUAGAGAGCUGCACCGGUAUCACAGAUGAUCUUCUUUGCUUUUAUACCUUCAUUCCGCAGUUCCAAUAUAUGAAUUUCAUUUAUUCAUUGUUUUGUGCCAUUAAGUGUUCUAGACUCUCUAUAUGAAAAAUUAUGAUCAACCUUCCAUGGGGUUUAGUUGGAAGCUUAGUUAAGUCAUGGUUACCAAGGAGAUUAGAGAAGGGGGCUCUUGGGGAUUCUCAGCAAAGCUGAUUUUAUGAUUCAACGUCAGCUCAGUUUGCCCCUGUUAGUGUGAAAGAAUGAUUUCUCCCUGUUGUUUUAGAACAAGCACUUUUAUGGAUAAAAAUCCCUCAAAUUGUUACACCCGUUAAAAAGUUUGAAAGCGCAUCCUUCUUUAAUUGCUGAGUGUUAUGCUUAGGUCCUAAAUAAAAUUCGGAACCUCAAUGAAUAUCCGAUGCUCAUUGUUACCUUUUGAAAUCUUUCUCGAUCUUACAGUGUUGUAAGCUGAUUUAUUUUCAAGUGCUCUGUGACAUUACACUCAAAGCUAGUAAAGCAUUGAUGGAUUGCUUGGCACGGAGGUAAAUACACUAAUACUCAUUUCUUUCUGAUGUAGCAUUAGGGAGCUUAAGCGUCCACAACGAUUACAACAACGAGAACGUCGUCAAAAAACAAUUGUUUUUUUAUGAGCAAAACAAAAGCUCCGCACGUGCAUCACGCUUUUAAUAUAUUUGUUUGAUGUUUACUGUACGACUAAGUGUUCCAUUCAGUGCUCCAUUCAUUCGUGUUGUCAGUGGAUGUCACAGAAAUGUACUAAAAAGCGUGACGCACGUGCAGAGAAGUUGUUUUGAUCAUUAAACCUAUUUUUUGUUGAAGUGGUCGUCGUAGUUGCUUAAGCUCCCUAUUAAGGAGCUUAAAGGAGCUGUGUCACGAAUUUCAGCCAAAUUAGGUAAUUACAAAAUGCCCGUUAAAUUAAGAGAAACUUAAAAAUAACCGCCUAAAACAUUAAAGGAAGGCUAGAAUAUCACAACAGCUACAACAGAUGCCACGGAUGGGCAAACUGAAGAAGAUUGAAACGGACUGAAAUGAGGGUUUUCGAAAACUAGCUAAAACUGUUCAGCCUAACAGUUUUUCAAAGUUGAUCUCCGCUGUUUGCAACUUCAAAAAUAAUGCGUAGGAGACAUAUUUGUUUGUCUCGAAUCUCUGCUUCUGUCAUUUACAAGUAAUUUCUUUGCUUACUUUAAGUUCCAUAGCGAUUGAGGGCGAGUAACUGGCAAAAUUAAACAAAAUGAACUGGACUGCUGUGACACAAACCCUUUUAGGAAGACGUUUUUGGAAGACACACGUCAACCGGAAGUGAAGCAUGUUCCCUUUUAAUAUCCCCUGACGCUAACAAAUUUGUCCUUCUAAGAAUCUUUACUCUUCUUGAGACGAUUUGCCAGAUAAGUUGGGAAAAAUCGCAGCCCAAGUAUGCAAAACGUCCACUUCCGGUUGACGUACUACGCUAAAAAACGUUUCAGUUUGCUUACACCGGCUCCCUCUUGUUAGGCUUACGUUCUUUAUUUAGGAACUGCAAUCACUGCUCUACCUUACUAUAAAUGUUCAAUUUUUUGUGUUGUUGAACGUACAGGUUAAAGGUGGUGUUUUUACACAUUGUACGUCGGUGCCUCGUAUAAGUAGUACUCAUUAAAAAGACAAACCUAAGGCCGACGGUGUGCUGUUUCCAACUGUGCUCUGUUUUUAUGGGCUUUUUUUACACAGGAUGGAACUGAAGAAGUCGAAACAAGGAUUUGAGAAUAAAUCUCGGUAGCUCACGCAGAGAACGUCGCGCAAUAACCCACUGUGUUAAUCCUUGUUCGUAAACAAUAAGAGUCAAUGUGAAUGGUCGCGUAGUUUCCCCAGAAUCGCCGAGUUUAGGUGACAAUUUACUAGGGAUUACCGUCCAUAUAAGGGAAACCCCUUCGGUAAUCUUCGAAACGUUUCGGAAAUCUUUGGAUAUGAUCGGGUCCUCUUUGCAAAAUUCGGGCACUCCAAGGAUAAGAAUCUCACCCUUUUCACUAACACAAAGUUACAUGUAAGUGUCUUCCUGAAAUGUUUUCAAAUGUAUCUAUGACGUGUGUUCUCUCGGCAGAUUUGCUGCCUCACGCCCAGGAUUGGUGGUAUCUGUUGUUCCUUACUGCCGUAAUCAGGAUGCUGUGGAACUUUAUCCGACUGUUGUGAAGUCUGUGCCAGUUGUGCAUCUAAGAGAACUGUUUCUCUUUGGUUCUACAGUUGCAACUGAAGCUAACUGA